AGACACUCGGCGCAUCAUUUACAAUUCCACGCCGGCUAGACAAAGUAAAAAAAAAUAAGAAAAGAAAUAAAACUGACAACAACAAAAAUGUCGCCUCUUCAUGUCCGUGUUAACAUGAUAGCGUUAUUGUUUAUCUCGUUUGCUGUCGCCACACAGGCACAGGGUGGUCUGUUCAGCAUCACCGAUGUGGGUAAAAGUCUGAAGGAUAUAGCGACGGGCGUCUCGAAGGAUAUAACCAGUUAUAUACCCACGCCGGAGGGUAUUUUCGAGUCGAGUAAGAAUCUAUUGGCCGGCUAUCCGUUCGAAGUGGCCUCCUCGGCUAUAAAUACGAUUUGCUCCUCGGCACUCUCAUCUCAGACGAUAAGGUCGCGUGUGACACCCGAUUUGCGUAAGAUCAACUUUCAACUACGCACAGCAUGCAAUAAUUACAGUUAUCCGUUGUUGAAAUCCAAUCAAAUAUGGCGUAGUCCCGAAUUCGAUCCGACGAAGAAGGUGGUCAUACUGGCUACUGGCUGGACUACGACGGUUAACAGCUCGGAUACGAUCGAUGUGUUGGCUAAGGCGUAUAACUGUCGCGGUGAUGUGAAUUUUGUGGCCGUCGACAUAGCCAACUUCGUCGAUACACUUUACACCUGGUCCGCCCUAAAUACCGACGAAAUCGGUGCGAAUCUUGCAGAAGGCAUCGUGUUACUCACUCAGGUAGUACCGCUCGAGAACAUUCAUCUCAUCGGCCACAGUUUGGGCGCACACAUCGUAGGCGCCACCGGGCGUUACUUUAAUGAAAAAACCGGUAAGCUGGUGCCACGUAUUACCGGUUUGGAUCCAGCGAAGCCCUGUUUCAACGAAGGUCACGUGCUCUCUGGUCUGCAGCGUGGCGACGCCAAAUUCAUCGAUAUAAUUCAUUCGAAUCCCGGUGUGUUGGGCAAACGCGAACCUAUGGGUGAUGUGGAUUUCUAUCCGGGCGGCUUGGAUCCGCUGCCAAAAGGUUGUCUGCACGUGGUCUGUGCGCAUGGACGUGCCUGGGAAUACUACGCAGAAUCCGUUUAUCCUGGUAAUGAGAGGAAUUUUAUGGGCAAACGUUGCACUUCACAGACCCGUUUGCUCGAUAAUAAGUGUCCAGGUGUGGAGCAACCCAUGGGCUAUGCGGUGCCGCGGGAACUGAGAGGCAACUACUUUUUGGAAGUGAACGAGGCGGCGCCAUUCGGUAAGGGCGCUAAUAAGGAGAAAUUGGCGGCUCAAGCGAAUUGCGGCUUGUGCCCAGAGAGAAAGCAGUAAUGAUAAGAAUUUGUUUGGGAUGUUUGGCUCAUGAGAGACAAUAAUUUUUAAGAGUUUUGCAUCAAUAAUUUUUACAUUUUGUUGAAAUGGUGUUAACACUGUUAAUUUUCAUA